UCCAUUAAGUUCCAUAAUAAAAUAAUAAUAAAUCAAUUCAGGGUGAAUGCACAAAAUAAAAUGUGGAUUUUUAGGAAUCAUAAUUUUUGUCUGAUUCUUGAAUUUAUAUUGAAAAACUAAUAAAUAUAUAAGAAUUAUAAAUUAUGAACCCACAAAAUAAAAUGUAUUAUUGAUCUAAUGAUAAAAAUUAUAAAUUAGGAACAACCUUUAAAUUCAACAUCCAUCUUCUCUUGGGCCCCAAAUUGUGAAAUAGGAGUAACACAACUCUUUUUUUUUUUUGUUUGUUACUACCUUAAAUUUUAUUUUUCUGGAGCACAAGGCAUAGAGUUAUCUUGAUUCGCAGUGCGAGCUCCUAAAACGUUCAGAAAGUUCAAGCUAUUUUAAGGAAGAAACCAAAAAAUGGCUCAACCUCUGGAGUUUUAUAGCAAGCAAAUUGAAGCUCUAAUGCGGGCAUUGUCUGUAGCAAAAAUCAUUAGAGAAGAUAGGGAUCCUUGUAUGAUUGAAGAGGGUCUCUAUUUGGGGUCCUUUGGAGCUGCCAACAAUAAAGAUGCACUCAAAAGCUUGAAUCUAACUCAUAUUUUGACGAUUGCCAGAGAUAUAAAUCCUCCUUAUCCAGAUGAAUUUUUCUACAAAGUCCUUGCUGUUCAUGACAGAGUUGAUGAAAAUAUUUCACAUUACUUUGAGGAGUGCUUCAACUACAUUGAAGAAGCAAAAGGACAGGGUGGCGGUGUGUUGGUGCAUUGCUUUGCGGGAAAAUCCAGAAGUGCAACCAUAGUCAUCGCGUAUCUGAUGAAAAAGCAUGCUAUGAGCCACAAUGAAGCUUAUCAGCUUGUCAAGAGUAAAAGACCAGUCGUUUCUCCCAAUGCUGGUUUUGUGGCACAGUUGGAAAACUAUGAUAAAACCCUUAAAGAUCUGAAUACUCCAAAUGUUACUCUGUGAUGAAGAGUAAGCAGCGCCAUCUUGUUGAAUGAAUUGAACAGUAAGAAUUGUUUGAUAAACAAUGAUAGGAGUAAAUGAUUUGAAAAUCCAUUGACAAAGUUACUGCCUCGGCAGACACUUUGUAGAUAUUAUUCUUCCACCAUGGAGAAUUUUGAAAUUUUGGUUCAUAUUAUUUAUUUGAAAUUUUUACACAAA